AUGCCUCAACUCCUUAAAGGCAUCAUUACUGUUAUUGAUGUUUUCUACAAAAAUGCAUGGACAGAUGGAGGAUGCCAGAGACUAAGUAAACAAGAAUUGAAACAGCUUCUGCAACAGGAAUUUGGAGAAGCCCUUCAGAAACCUGGUCAUUCAGAGACAACUAAUAAAAUCCUCCAACUCCUAGAUAAAGAUGGUGAUGGCACAGUCGACUUCAGCGAAUUUGUUUUUCUAGUCUUCAGUGUAGUGAAAGCUUGUUAUACAUGCAUUCAACCUCUGCUCUGCCCAGGACUACAGGAAGGGGGAAGAAGAUAUGAGACACGAGAGCCACAAGAAGGAAGAACAGAAGAUAUACCACUGAGAAGCAAUGAACUUCCAGCAACAACAGACAAUCACAGGGAAGAUGAGAACAACCAGCCCCAAAUCCCACAGAAUGUUGCACAGCGCAGAGUAACAGCUGAUCAAAAAGAAUCCAGGGCAGAAGCAAGGAUCCACAUAAGAGAUGAGAACACAGAAACGAGGACCAGUGGACGUCACCACAUUGGAGGUGAGACAUCAACAUUUAGAAAUAAUGAGAGACAGGACCCAGCUAAUGAAGAUGAUGGGAAAUACAAUGUUAGAGAUAGGAGUCAGUUUUCAAGAGAUGAUGAGAGAGAUGAAGUUAAAGAGCAGACAUCAGAACAAAGGGAGAGUGGGAAAAGGCUUUUUACAGAAACUACUCCAAUGCCAAGUGAUAAUAAGAGACACAAAGUCAUAGAAGAAAUCCCAACACUAAGAAAUGGUAGGAUGUACCAUGAUAGAGAGCAGUUCCCAGCACUAAGAGAUGAUGAGAGACAUCAACUGAGAGAUGAAAUUCCAAGUCCAAGGGAUGAGGAGAGGUACGAAGGGAGAGAACAAUCCACAGAAGUAAGGCAUGAUAGGAGAUAUCAGGUGAAUGGCCAAAUCCCAGGAGCCUUAGAGGAAAGAAGUUAUCAGAUAAAGGUGCAAACUCAAGUGCCGAGAGAUGAUGGAAGAUCUCAAGUGAGAAAUCAAACACCAUAUCCAAGGUAUGUUCCAGAACUCUAUGACAGUGACGAAGAAUCAGAAGCAAGAUAUGGUGAAAGAUUCCAAGAAAAAGAUCAGAGUCAGUUAUCCAGUCAUAAGAGGAAAUAUUAUGUGAACAAGCAACAAUCAACAUUAAGGGCUAAUGAUAGACAAUAUGUAAGAGAUCAAUCUGUACCAGAAAAAGAAAAGACCCAAGUCAGAGAUCAGCUACCGACUUCAAGGAAUGAUGAGAAACCAAAAGUUAGAUAUCAGAUCCCAGCAUCAAGGGAUGAUGAGAGACAGCAAUUUAGAGAGCAAACCCCAGAACCCCAAGAUGAUUCGCAAGACCAAAUGAAAGAACAGAUCAAAGUACUAAGAGAUGAUGAUAGACCCCAAGUUAGACAGCAGACAUCAGAUCCUUGGAGUGAUAAUAGGCAACAGGGGAGACAACAGGUCCAAGUGCCAAGGGAUGAGAGAAGAAUCCAAAAUAGUGAGCAGAUUCAAGUACCUGAAAAUGAAAUAAGACAUCAAGAUAGGCAACAAACAUCAGAUCUGUGGGAUGAUGAAAGACUACAAGAGAGAGAACAGAUGACAACACAAAGAGAUGAUAGAAAAAGGAAUGAUAGGCAGCAGAUCGCAGAUAUACCACAUGAUGGAAGAUGUCAAGUUGGGCCUCAGUCCCCAGAAAUCCAGAAUGACAGAAGACAGCAGACCCCAGUAUCUAGAGAUGAUGGAAGACACCAAAUUCAAGAGCAGCCUUCAAUUCCAAGGGGUGAAGGAGGAAGCCAAUAUAGGCAGCAGACCUCAGAAAUCUCACAUGAUAGGAGACACCAAGUUAGGCCUCAGUCCCCAGAAAUCGAGCAUGAUGAAAGACACCAAAAUAGACAGCAGACCCGAGUCCUAAUGAAUGAUAGGAGGCAGCAGACCCCAGUUCCAAGAGAUUAUGGAAGAUACCAAAUUCAAGAGCAACCUUCAGUUCCAAGGGAUGAUGGGAGAAGACAACAUAGACAGCAAAUCCCAGAAAGGUCAAAUGAUGGGAGACGCCAGGUUAGGUCUCUAUCCCCAGAAACCCAGAAUGACAGGAGACAGCAGACACCAGUACCAAGGGAUGAUGGGAGAAGGCAACAUAGGGAACAGACUCCAGAAGUCUCAGAUGAUAGAAGACAUCAGGUUAGGACUCUGUCCCCAGCAACUCAGAACGACAGGCGACAGCAAAUCUCAGUAACAAGAGAUGAUAAGAGAUACCAAUUUCAAGAGCAACCUUCAGUUCCAAGGGGUGAUAGGAGAAGGCAACAUAGGGAGCAGACUCCAGAAGUCUCAGAUGAUAGAAGAUGCCGGGUUAGACCUCUGUCUCCAGAAAUCCAGAAUGACAGAAGACAGCAGACCCCAGUACCAAGGGAUGAUGGGAGAAGGCAACAUAGACAGCAAAUCCCAGAAAGCUCUAAUGAUGGGAGAUGCCAGGUUAGGCCUCUGUCUCCAGAAACCCAGAAUGACAGAAGACAGCAGACCCCAGUACCAAGGGAUGAUGGGAGAAGGCAACAUAGGGAGGAGACUCAAGAAGUCUCAGAUGAUAGAAGACACCAGGUUAGGACUCUAUCCCCAGAAACCCAGCAUGACAGAAGACAGCAGACCCCACUACUAAGAGAUGAUGGAAGAUAUCAAGUUCAAGAGCAACCUUCAGUUCCAAGGGAUGAUGGGAGAAGACAACAUAGGGAACAGACUCCAGAAGUCUCAGUUGAUAGAAGGUGCCAGGUUAGACCUCUGUCUCCAGAAAUCCAGAAUGAGAGAAGACAGAAGAUCCCAGUUCCAAGGGAUGAUGGAAGAUACCAAAUUCAAGAGCAACCUUCAGUUCCAAGGGAUGAUGGGAGAAGGCAACAUAGGGAACAGAUUCCAGAAGUCUCCGUUGAUAGAAGACACCAGAUUAGGCCUCUGUCUCCAGAAAUCCAGAAUGACAGAAGACAGCAGACCCCAGUUCCAAGAGAUGAUGGAAGAUACCAAAUUCAAGAGCAACCUUCAGUUCCAAGGGAUGAUGGGAGAAGGCAACAUAGGGAGCAGACUCCAGAAGUCUCAGUUGAUAGAAGACACCAGGUUAGGCCUCUGUCUCCAGAAAUCCAGAAUGACAGAAGACAGCAGACCCCAGUACCAAGGGAUGAUGGGAGAAGGCAACAUAGCGAACAGACUCCAGAAGUCUCAGAUGAUAGAAGACUCCAGCUUAGGACUCAGUCCCCAGAAACCCAAAAUGACAGAAGACAGCAGACCCCACUACUAAGAGAUGAUGGAAGAUAUCAAGUUCAAGAGCAACCUUCAGUUCCAAGGGAUGAUGGGAGAAGACAACAUAGGGAACAGACUCCAGAAGUCUCAGUUGAUAGAAGACACCAGGUUAGAUCUCUGUCUCCAGAAAUCCAGAAUGAGAGAAGACAGCAGAUCCCAGUUCCAAGGGAUGAUGGAAGAUACCAAAUUCAAGCGCAACCUUCAGUUCCAAGGGAUGAUGGGAGAAGGCAACAUAGAGAGCAGACUCCAGAAGUCUCAAUUGAUAGAAGACACCAGGUUAGGACUCAGUUCCCAGAAACCCAAAAUGACAGACGACAGCAGACCCCAGUACUAAGAGAUGAUGGAAGAUAUCAAGUUCAAGAGCAACCUUCAGUUCCAAGGGAUGAUGGGAGAAGGCAACAUAGGGAGCAGAUGCCAGAAGUCUCAGAUGAUAGAAGACACCAGGUUAGGACUCUGUCCCCAGAAACCCAGAAUGACAGAAGACAGCAGACCCCAGUACCAAGGGAUGAUGGGAGAAGGCAACAUAGGGAGCAGACUCCAGAAGUCUCAGAUGAUGGAAGACGCCAGGUUAGGCCUCUGUCUCCAGAAACCCAAAAUGACAGAAGACAGCAGACCCCAGUACUAAGAGAUGAUGGAAGAUAUCAAGUUCAAGAGCAACCUUCAGUUCCAAGGGAUGAUGGGAGAAGGCAACAUAGGGAGCAGACUCCAGAAGUCUCAGAUGAUAGAAGACACCAGGUUAGGACUCUGUCCCCAGAAACCCAGAAUGACAGAAGACAGCAGACCCCAGUACCAAGGGAUGAUGGAAGAAGGCAACAUAGGGUUCAGACUCCAGAAGUCUCAGAUGAUAGAAGACACCAGGUUAGGCCUCUGUCUCCAGAAAUCCAGAAUGACAGAAGACAGCAGACCCCAGUACCAAGGGAUGAUGGGAGAAGGCAACAUAGGGAGCAGACUCCAGAAGUCUCAGAUGAUGGAAGACGCCAGGUUAGGCCUCUGUCUCCAGAAACCCAAAAUGACAGAAGACAGCAGACCCCAGUACUAAGAGAUGAUGGAAGAUAUCAAGUUCAAGAGCAACCUUCAGUUCCAAGGGAUGAUGGGAGAAGGCAACAUAGGGAGCAGAUGCCAGAAGUCUCAGAUGAUAGAAGACACCAGGUUAGGACUCUGUCCCCAGAAACCCAGAAUGACAGAAGACAGCAGACCCCAGUACCAAGGGAUGAUGGGAGAAGGCAACAUAGGGAGCAGACUCCAGAAGUCUCAGAUGAUAGAAGACACCAGGUUAGGACUCUAUCCCCAGAAACCCAGAAUAACAGAAGACAGCAGACCCCAGUACCAGGGGAUGAUGGGAGAAGGCAACAUAGGGAGCAGACUCCAGAAGUCUCAGAUGAUAGAAGACACCAGGUUAGGCCUCUGUCUCCAGAAAUCCAGAAUGACAGAAGACAGCAGACCCCAGUACCAAGGGAUGAUGGGAGAAGGCAACAUAGGGAUCAGACUCCAGAAGUCUCAGAUGAUGGAAGACACCAGGUUAGGCCUCUGUCUCCAGAAAUCCAGAAUGACAGAAGACAGCAGACCCCAGUACCAAGGGAUGAUGGGAGAAGGCAACAUAGGGAGCAGACUCCAGAAGUCUCAGAUGAUGGAAGACACCAGGUUAGGCCUCAGUCCCCAGAAACCCAAAAUGACAGAAGACAGCAGACCCCAGUACUCCAAGAUGAUGGGAAACACAAACAAAUUUCAGAACUCCUGAGCAACAGAAGACACCAAGUGAGAAGCCAAAAUGCUAGAACAGAAGUCAAUGACAGUUUCCAGGUGAGACCCACUGUCCUAAUACCAAAGUAUAAGGAUGAUAGGAAAGCCAGUAUUAAUGAAGACACCCUCAUACAAAGGGAUGGGAUCAGAAAUCAUGUGAGAAAUCCAACCCUAACUACAAGAAAUGAUGGGAGGUGUCAGAGCUCUGCAAAUGGAGAUGAUGAGACUUACUUUUUAAGCAAUGAUGAAAGAAAUUCUCAGAGAGAUUUAUCUCAGAGAUUUCAUGAUGAUGAUCAGGAACAGCCACAUGAACGACCUAAUCAUUGGAAUUCCCCAAAGCAGAAACAAACAUCACAGAGAGCUGAGCGUAGAUACCCCAACACCCAGGGAUCACUGGUGGAGACAAAGGGUAGUCCAAUAUAUUGUGACGUGUAUUUUUUGACAAAGCAAAAAGGCAACUGGUUAUGCUAUUGUAUUCCUGACCCAUCAGAACAAAAAGAUGAAGGAAGCACACAAAAUAAUGAAUAUCACACAGCCUUUGGAGAUGAUCAACAUGGCAGGCAGAGAGGAGACUGGGAGUCUGAUACUGAAGAUCAAUAUCACUCUCAUGACUGGCAAUCAGGUGGUUACUAUCCUGAUGAGGAGCAAUAUUGGAGACAGGAACCAGUUGAAUGGAAUGAUGGAAACUAUUCAUUUCAGGGGUGGGUAGAAAGAGAGGACAACCCACAUCAAUACAUAGAACAAGACUGGGAAGAAAAUCCUAAUGAUGAGACUUACUGUCUCUAUCCCAGUCCUGUCUGGAAAUCAGGUCACCAGCACCACUCUCUAGGCUGGACCCAGAAAGUUCAUGAGUUCCAGCAGAAUCUCAGGAACCCAGAUGAUUGUCCAUUCUUUGAAGAUGACUUCUAA